AUGUCUUGCUUCUAUAAGAUGCGAAUCAACAUUCCACGUCCCACAGGUACCAGUAUCCGAGCUAUGCUUGCGCAAAACCACUCACUUGACCCCUCUGAUGACUCCCUGCCAACAUCAUCCAAUUCUCAUAGGCUCCCGGUGAUGCCGAAUCCCGAACAUCCUGAUACAAAUGCUCUCCACUCUGUUUCGACCGAUAUUUCGAACGAUACUUCGGACUCGACCAACACCUACGGUAGAAUAUCAACUCCCGCUGAGACUCUAGGCGUCGCGGUAGCUGGGAUCGUCGUAGUAAUUGUGCUGUGCAUACUCGCACAGAUUUUGGCUAUCCGAGUCAAAGGACGUCGGCAGUGCAGGGAGAUUCACUGGGAUUACCCUGCCGCGAAGUCGAACCCUAGCGCCCCAGACCCAGUUUCUGAAUCGGGUGGGAGCAACUUGACCACAAGCACUACUCGUCGACCUCUAACAGAGGCUGCCUUGACCCGGAAAACGAGCUUCAAAACCAAGUUGCAUAGCCUCUUCCGAAAAAUAUCUCCCUUCAAGUUCCGUAAGGCUGAGACAAAUUCUAUGGGUCUUGCAUCGUUGGAUAGACGAAAUACUGCGUAA